GCGCAAUUUCUAAGAAUUCCCAUACAACUUUCGGACAGGGUAUUGUGUCUGCGUGUUGAUUAGUGACGUUCAACCGUUGCUGGAUUAGAACAAGAGGAAGAAGAUGAAUCACGUUUUGAGACAAGAUCUAUUUUUAUCCGCUCCGAGUGUGUGUUUGUGUGUGGUUGGAAGCGCCUUCAAGUGGAUGAAGUUGACGGUGCGCUGUGCUCAUCACCUGUGCCUCACCACUGGAGGACCCGUUGAGGAAUUCCCUUGGGUCUGGUGAGAACUGCGCGGAGGGGGCAAGCUCUAGUGAAGUAAAUGCUAAUCAUCGUCUCGAUGAAGGUGGUGCUGUGCUCAAAGUCGUCAUCACCUGGAAAACGGGGAGAACAAUAAGAUGAAUUAAUUCGUUUGACUGGGCUUUCGAGGGGGGUUGGUGGUGAGAAAUGGGACCCACGGGAGAAGAUUAAUAAAUUUGUAGGAAUACUCGAUCGCCACCACCAACACUAGAGAGCGAGCGAAACUAGUUUGCGAAACUUCGCUGGCGUCAGAACAUGCUUGAAUGAGAUUAGAACCGGUCAUCAGUCAUAGAUAUGUUGCGAAAGGCAUUCAACGUAGUUUUGCGUUAGAUCUGUUGAUCUAUUUUGGAAGCGCGUUGGAUUUUCGGGGGCGUUUGAAGGAGACUCCACAAACAGUGCCGGCAGGAAACUAUACAUCGGACUUUUUCUCUGCUUAUGCGGAUGAUUUCGAUUUGUCGCUUCUGACGCCGAGUGAUGGUGAAGUUCCGUUGAGUCCGCAGUCUCAGCAGCAGCGUCAACAGCUACAAAUUCAGCAGUCUAUGCUUCAAGCCGGAGUCAACGUAUCCUUGCAGUACAUUCCAGCGACGAUCUUCCACGACGUGCCGGCUUCGAUGCAGCAAGCUUUACAGCAAAUGAAACAGGAGAAAUCUUCGACCUGGACCGAGAACCUUUCCGAAUCUUCGUUGAAGUCGGCAUUGCUGGAGCAACUUCAGGCUGGACCACAGUAUCAGUACUAUUCCAGUCCCCUGUUGAGUCCACCCCAAGAAAAGUACACCGUGUACCCACCGUCUCCAACACCUUCCAUUCCGGACUUUCAGAGCCUGAACGUUCCGCAAAACUGUGGAAGCUUCAUCACCAUCAAGCAGGAGUUCUGUUCGCUUCCACCCUCGCCGCCGGAUUCGAACGGAGCUCCUUCACCGGUGCACUGCAGCGAGAUCAAAACCGAGUUCGACAUUGAACCCACGAUCGACAUUGAUUCCCUGCUGGGCUCCCCGAAGCAACCCAAAGAGGAGCCCUACGAAAAACCCCAGGAGUUCAAUAUUCUGCGUGAACAUCUCCAAGACUCCGGGCUGCAGCGCAAAACCGAUCAGAAACCCGCAGAACAGGAGUCGUACAUCGGGGGCAUGAGCACGCCUUUCGAAACGAUCAUUGAAAUCGCUCUGCAGGAAACCCGCGAUGGUAUCCAUUCAACGUGCACCCUCCUCGGGAUCUCACCUGAUCCCCACCAAUGGUCUCAAGACCAGGUUCAACAAUGGCUUCAGCUGAUGAUGAGCAAAUAUAAUUUGCCGCCGCUGAUCAACACCGCCACCUUGUUCCCGGAAAGCGGCAACCAGUUGGCCCUACUCUCCAUGGACGAAUUCGUACGGCGUAUUCCGCAGGGAGGUGACAAACUGCAUGGGCAACUGGACCUGUGGAAGAUUGCCGUUGGAAGCGAAGGUGGUGCCGAUAGUCCGGCGGCUGUUGGUGGUCCUGCAUCAACAGUGGUAGCAGCAUCACCCUCGUCCACUACGGCCGGCGUGGUGGUGGUGCCCCAACUGCAGCAGCAGGAGUCGGGCGCCUUCGAUGCGGAGUCCGGCAACGAUGACAUCACUGACGACGAAGACGAAGAAAUGCCCUUGGAAAGUACCGGAGUCGCUGGAUCCACCCCAACCGGUGGUGCCUCCAGUGGCGCGGCCACCACCACCACCUCCCCUAGCGGAAAACCUCGUCAAGGAGGAUCCCACAUCCAUCUGUGGCAGUUCCUCAAAGAGCUGUUGGCAACACCGGAACAGCACGGAACCGCCAUCCGUUGGAUCGACCGCACCAAGGGGGUGUUCAAGAUCGAGGACUCGGUUCGGGUGGCUCGCCUUUGGGGACGUCGCAAGAAUCGACCGGCCAUGAACUACGACAAACUGUCCCGCUCGAUCCGGCAGUACUACAAGAAGGGCAUCAUGCAGAAAACCGAACGCUCCCAACGGUUGGUGUACCAGUUCUGUCAUCCGUACUCGUUGUAAAUUUUGCAGCAAAUGGUGUAGCUAUUAAGUGUGUGAUCGGUUGAAAUGCGCUCGAGUGUGAUUCGAAUCCGCGACUGUUUGUUUGUUUAGCCUAAGCUAUUUUAAGUUCUUUACCAUCGCGAUCGCGUGAGUGAGUGAGAUGUGCGUCGGAGAAAAUCUCCUCCUGGAGGAAAACUAGGGAUUCUUUAUAUGAGAGAUUAGCGGAAGAAAAAUUGAUUGAUUUGGCUUACACUUUGAAACAAAAAUGCCAGCUUACGCGAAUCUCUGUUAUAAAGGAUCACUAUAGAGGAAAUCAUUUGACCGAAACGAAUUUCCAUCCAGGAAUCGAUUUUUACUACGUCGCGAGUAUGCCCGGGGUAGUUAGUAAGCAGCUAGAAUCACUCUUUUGUAUUAUCGCACCAAGCUCCGUCUGGCGGCAAGUGGUAUUAACUUGUCACGCGGAAGAUAAUAUUCUUAAAACGAUGUGAUUUAUAACUUUACCAACAAUCGUACAAGGAGAACGCUUGUUGUAGCUUUUAAGUCAAAAGGCCAAGUAUGCAUCUGUGCACUGUCUGGCUGUCUGUCGGUUGGUUACCGGAUGGGAUGAUACGGGCGUUAGUAUGACACCACGAUCAGAUCACCGUGUGCAGUUGGCAGAAGCAGCAAGCAGUUGCCGAGCAGGCCGAAAUCUCUAUUGCAAAGAAUCUCGAACAUGUAGUUCAACGGAGCACAGCUUGAGGGCGAGGAAACUCCCGGACUCAACGCGGCACCCGUCCAUCACGACGGAAUCAAUAUUAGCUGAGUCCACCUGAAGGACGGGGAAGGUAAUUUCCCCGAUUCGUUUGGGACGGGACGGUAAGCAUGAUUCCCGAAGCGAUAGUCGAGUCCAACCGGAAGAAUCCGACACCGAAGGCGAACGAUCCCGAAUAGUGUGAUGUCUGAUCUGAACAUUUCAUGAAGGUUUUUCGCUGUAUUGCUUACCGAGUCAUCCAACUCUAGCGGUCCUUAAACUUUGCGCGCGAUCGUUUCGUAGAUCCGUGCCGGGUGGUAAUACAAGAGCCGCAGAUUGGUGGUCGGUAAUUUUGGUCCCAUAUAUCUAUGAUAUAUUUUUAUUGUAAGUUCUAUGAACGAUACAAUUAAGAUGGUAUUUAAUCCGGAGUAAAUACAUCGAUUUCUUUUAAAUUUCCCUAGAUAAGUUUACCAAAACCAUUGUAAAUAGGAACAAACAAAAUCUUGCUAGGCUAUCGUUGCAAUACAACCCGUAGAGUUAGGCGAUCGACCCUGUCUGCAGAAGCGGUCGAUCGAAAUUCAUUUCGCUAGGAAAACUUGUCAGAAGUCAGGCCAAAAGCCUCCGCUCGGAAACAAGAGCUCACUUUCCGAGCGAAGGCUUUUUUAUCCCAAUUUCUUACUGUAGUUUACUGUACCAUUUUUGUAUUUCAGCCAAAUUCAUUGUAAAUGGCGUUUGCUUUUAUUGUCUCAAAUAAAUUACGGUGGCUGGGUAAACUUAAGUGAGAGGUAGCUUUAAAACACGUAAGAAUUUGUCAAACGAAACACAUACAAACACAUCAAGAAAACAUUAACCAAUUGUGAUCUAAGUGCCUUAAUGAUAGUUUAUACUGUUCUUCCCUUUUUAAAUAUUUAUACUAAUUUCAUUUCUAAACUUUAAGACAAGCGUAUGAUCUAAUCAACCACUAGGAGUUGCUUCUACGUACUAUACAAAGUGAACCAAGGGGUUUCAAAGAGUUUUGAUAUACAAUAAUGGUUUAGGUUAAGGCUUUAUCGUUCAUUUCGUGUAGCUGUAUUUAUUAUGAUUAAUAAAUGUAAGUCUAACCAAAAGCAAA